AUGGCCGACUCUCGCGAACCUCAAUAUGAUCCCUACAUUCCAAGUGGACAGCAGCCUGCUGGAGGAGCAGGUGCAGCACCAGCACAAGGACAGGGAACCCAAAGAACAGCAGCACUACAAGCACAAAUCGAUGACACAGUUGGUGUGAUGCGCGAAAAUAUCAACAAAGUCUCGCAACGUGGCGAGCGUCUCGAUUCCCUCCAAGACAAGACCGACAACCUCGCUGUAUCAGCGCAGGGUUUCCGUCGGGGGGCUAACAGAGUUCGAAAGUAA